CCCAGUAUACUUCUGCUUUAGAAUCAUGGUUCAACAAGUCAAGCACGGGGAUCAACAUUGCUGAAUCUGGUUUGAAAGUCGAGUCAAUAAGGUAGGCUGGGAAGGACCUGCUCUUCAAGAUUUGAUUUGACCACGCAUAAUUGGCAAAACUGGUCCAGUUAUCUACUUCGGCUUCAUUGAAGAACGCAAAAAGAUCUUCAUCCUUGUAGAAUUUGUACUCGUAGUAAAACUUCAUGUUGACAAAGUGAUUCUCGGGUUUGGGAACUUCCUCGGGGAUCAAGUUGAUUACUUCCCACCAUUCUUCGACUAAAUGAGCCAAGAUUUCCGUGAGAGAAUUACCAAGAUUCGUGCCCUUGAUCAAGCUCUUGUCUUGAGGAGACCAGGUCCAUGGUGAGUUAAUUUCCUGUAAUGUAGGGAGUAAUUCCAAAUAUUGCUUGUGCGAAGAUUUGGAGAUAAACUCGCUAGUACGUUCUCUAGCCAAGUAUAACUUGAGUAAAGAAUUCGAGUUGGGGCAUUGUAUACCAGGGAAUGAUUCAAUUGCAGUUCUGGGAGUGAUCAAUAACGCAGUCGGUAUUUCAAUCAUGUCAUGGUCAGAUUCAGUUCCAGUGCAUAUGGCUCCAAUAUUAUUAGCUGAUAUCUCUUUGAAUUGGACUCCUGGUGAUAUAGUCGCCAUUGGAGGCAGCGACACCAAUCACAAGUACGCCAAGGGCGGCAGCAUCGAGUUUGCCGCCUGGAAGGCCAUCUUGUUGUUCAUUGGUGCUGGUGCUAUCGGUACUUAUUUCUUCCUGAAGGAGAAGGAACGGUUGAGAAAACAGCGGGAAAUGGAACAGAACAGAUCCGUGGGUAAACCACUUAUUGGUGGUCCAUUCUCGCUUGUUGAUACCGAAGGGAACAAGUUCACUCACGAAAACUUGAAGGAUGAAAACGGGAAAAGAUUCUCCAUCAUCUACUUUGGUUUCUCGCAUUGUCCUGACGUCUGUCCUGAAGAGCUUGACAAGUUGGGAGAAAUGUUGACUGAGUUGAAGAAGGACAAUAUUGAAAUGCAACCAAUUUUCAUCACUUGUGAUCCAGCAAGAGACACUCCUGAAGUCAUUAAGACUUACUUGGAGGAUUUCCAUCCAGAUUUAGUUGGAUUGACUGGUUCUUAUGAUCAAGUUAAAAACUGUUGCAAACAAUACAGAGUUUAUUUUUCCACCCCUCCUAAUGUGAGACCAGACCAAGAUUAUUUGGUUGAUCAUUCGAUCUUCUUUUAUGUUAUGGAUCCUGAAGGUAAUUUCGUGGAUGUUAUUGGCAGAGAAGCUAAUGUUAAAGAAGGGGUUGAAAAGAUUAGAAAGGCUGCUGAUGCGUUUAUGCCAGAAAGUGAAAGACAAAAGAAACAACAAAGUUGGUUGGGAUUUCUUUAUAAGUAAAAACAGAAAAACAAAGUUGGUGUUCUUGUAUAUAAUAAAAGCUUGUAAAUUUUGUGUCGCGCCAAUUUACGACAUAGAUUCAAUAUAUAAUUAUUAGUGUCUAAAAUCUAAUUACCAUAAUUGUAACAGCCGUCAAAAAACGAGAUUUCUUGCUUGAGGGCUUUAACAAACAUUUCCUCGCACACUUUUUCAUCUUGUUCAGUCUUGACAACUCGGUCGACUUCUUGCUUCAAGAACUCAACCCACUUGGUGAAUGCUUCUCCACUAUGUAAAUCAAUCCAUUCUUGGUGUUUAAAUUCCAACCCUUGUUUAACCAACCCAUUGUCAAUGUUGUAGUCGGCCCAACCAAGGUAGACUUUCUCCAUGACAUAGGUGAAGGUGAUCAAUUCCACAUAGCUUUUACUUUGGUAAGUCAUGUACUUUAACAAAUCGAGAUAUUUCUCAACUUCAGGCAAAGUAACAGGAUUGUCACCCAACAUGUCACCAACUUUUUCUUGCAACAAUUGCAAAUUUUCCUCCUUAAUUUGACUCAACGAUUUAAAGAAAUAAUCGUUUUCAUCAUUGGAAAGAAACCCAAUUUGUUUACCCAACACAAUUGCCGCUUGUGGAUCGUCACAAUAUGCCAAUGUGUUCCCGAACAAGUUCAAUCCAAUUUGGAAAAACUUGAGAUCUUGGGUUAAAUAAGUGAAUAACCUGUGAUCGGAAAGGGUACCAUUGCAAAGUUCGUUUGUCAAUGGGUGGGUGGUGGACUCGGUGUACAAGUCAGCGUACUUCCUCAAGAGCUUCUCAACGAUGGACAUCUUUUUGCUUAACAAGAAAGAAGCCGGACACCUCGGGAGAAAACUGGUCCUGUUUAAAUAGUUUUGCUCGAGAAG